AUGACGAGGUCUAUCUUUACAACCGUGACGUUUUCCGUCACCAUCGCCGUUAUCUUCAUCGUCAUCUUCCUCCCGUUUCCUGCAACCGCCUUAGGCUCAGGCUCAACUUAUGCCGUCGUCUACGGCUCCAACACCGUAUGCGCCUUAAUUUCUGGCCAGCCCACACAGCGCAUCCUCUGUUACGACACGCGCGUUCGAACCGCCUUCACUCUGAAUCCCGGAGUCUCCUUCUCCUCACUCGCCGCCGGAGAUAACUUCCUCUGCGGCAUACGCUCCGGUGGUUACAGCCUUCUCUGCUGGGAUAACAUCGGCAGCUACCCUCUCAAUCCAAAGCGAAUCUACCAAAAUGACACCGUCUUGCUGGACAAUCUCUCCGUCGGCGACAGCCAAAUCUGCGCCACUGUUAACGGCACGAACGUCCCAAAAUGCUGGAGAAGUGAUCGAUCAACGCCCACGAACGAAAGAUUCCGGUCAAUUACAUCCGGCGUUGGUUUCUCCUGCGGCGUCUCAACUCAAGAUAACCGAAUCAUCUGCUGGGGAAGAGAUCAGCUGAAAUCGGGUCGGAUCCAAACCGGAUUCGGAAACACGUCGAUGAUAAGCAUAUCCGCAGGAGAGUCACACGCCUGUGGAUUAAACUCCACCGGGAAUUUAAUCUGCAUCGGAAACAACGAUUCUGGGCAGCUCAAUGUUCCUUCGAAUCAACCUUACCAUUACUCAAAGCUCUCUCUCGGAUCGAAUUUCACUUGCGCGACGCGAAAUUCGAACAACUCUGUUACUUGCUGGGGAGGAGGAGCAGAGCGAUUCAACAAUGUCACCGAAGGAAUCUCGUUCGAGUCAAUUUCUUCCGGGCCGGGACUAAUUUGUGGGUUAAUCUCCGGUAAUCUCUCCGUUAUGUGUUGGAGCCCAUCCAAUUUCUCGAGAAUCUUUCUCCCUUUCCCAGAUAUUUUACCAGGCCCUUGCGUCGAAUCAUCUCUCUGCUCUUGCGGUGUGUAUCCACAAUCCGAUAAGCUCUGCUCCGGUUCUGGUUCGAUAUGCAGCUCAUGCCCGAUCCCAACUCUGGCGAAUCCUCCAAGCCAAUCACUUCCGCCGCCACCGUUAGCUCCAUCACCGAAUUCGUCUCCGUCGAAAGCGUUAACAAGAGGAUUAUUAGCGUUUGGAAUCGUUGGAUCGAUAGGAGCAGUCGCAGGGAUCUGCACUGUGGUUUACUGUUUAUGGACUGGAGUUUGCUUGGGGAAGAAGAAAGUUCACAACUCAGUCCAACCGACGAUAACCCGCGGCGGCUCAACUAGCCGGUCCAACAGUUCGCCGCCUUCUCGGUCGUUAACCAUCAGACGUCAAGGAUCGAGAAUGCUUUCGAUGAGGAGGCAGAGAAGCGGGACAUCGUCGAUGAAACACGGGGAUAAAGCCGAAGAGUUCUCCUUCUCGGAGCUCGCUUCCGCCACCGGAAACUUCUCUCCGGAGAACAAAAUCGGUUCCGGAAGCUUCGGCGUUGUUUACAGGGGCAAACUCAGCGACGGGAGAGAAGUGGCGAUCAAACGCGGCGAAGUAAACGCGAAACUGAAGAAAUUCCAGGAGAAAGAAACCGCGUUCGACUCAGAAAUCGCGUUUCUAUCGAGGCUUCAUCACAAGCACUUGGUGAGGCUCGUCGGAUACUGCGAAGAGAGGGAAGAGAGACUUCUCGUCUACGAUUACAUGAAGAACGGUGCGCUUUACGAUCAUCUCCACGACAAGAACAACGUCGGAAAACACAGCAGUCUGAUCAACUCGUGGAAAAUGCGGAUCAAAAUCGCGUUAGACGCGGCUAGAGGAAUCGAGUAUCUACACAAUUACGCGGUCCCGCCGAUUAUUCACAGAGAUAUCAAGUCGUCUAACAUCUUGCUCGACUCGAAUUGGGUCGCUCGGGUUUCGGAUUUCGGGUUAUCAUUAAUGGGUCCGGAAUUGGGGAAAGAUCAUCACCACCUUCCGAUGAAAGCUGCGGGAACCGUCGGAUACAUCGAUCCGGAAUAUUACAGUCUCAAUGUUUUGACGGAUAAGAGCGACGUGUACGGGCUUGGAGUUGUAUUGUUAGAGUUGUUGACGGGUAAAAGAGCGAUUUUUAAGAGCGAUGAGGGUGAUGUGGAAGAAGGGUGUGUUCCGGUGCACUUGGUGGAUUAUUCAGUGCCGGCGAUAACGGGGGAUGAGUUGGGUCGGAUUUUGGAUCCUAGAGUUGGAACGCCGGGGUUAGGAGAAGGAGAUGCGGUGGAGCUGGUGGCUUAUACGGCGAUGCACUGUGUGAAUGCGGAGGGGAGAAACAGGCCGACAAUGACUGACAUUGUCGGGAAUUUGGAGAGGGCAUUGGAAUUGUUUGGGGAUAGUCAUGGGAGUAUCUCUAGUGGUGGCAUUUGUUCUAUUGUCUCCGAUUAA